UCAUCUCUCUUGUGCAUAAAAAAAAAAAAUAGAAAAGAAAAGAAAUUUUCAUCUUUCUCUGCAGUCUGCCUGCACUCUACUAUAAUAGGACCAGAGGUUCUUGUUAAAGUGAAAGUUGGUCUUAUUUGCAUUGCCCAAAAAUGAGAGAAAACUUAGAUGAAAAUGCUCCUAACUUCACUUCCAACCUUCCUGUUCCUGCCCUGAAGCUCCUAGAUUGCUCCCUUCGGGUUUCAGUGAUUCCUCUUAGCAUUGCAACCAUAUGGCUCACUGUGACAAACAAACAAGACAACAUCAGCUAUGGGAAGCUAGAGUUCAGCAAUUUCAUGGGCCUCAAGUACAUGGUUUGCAUCAGCACCAUUUCUGCUGCAUAUGCUUUUCUUGCAACUAUGGCCUCAUGGAUCAGAUGCUUGGUGACUAAAGCUUGGCUUUUCUUUGUCUCUGACCAGGUUCAUUUUCUUCGCCCUUCUUUGUCCCCUUCAAUUUAUUUUAUUUUCUUUCUCUUUUUUCACUUUCAGACAUAAUAAUAAUAAUACAUAGCAGGUGGAUGUUUGGAAUUUUGGGGAAAAAAAGAAAUACCUACCCUCAUAAAUAAUUCUGUUCUUAUUAUUUUUUUCACAUAUGUGGUCUUUAGCAUGUUUGAGCCACCUGCUGUUUCUCAUAAAGAGGUGGAUGAAGAGAGGACUUAGAUGGGUUUUCUUCCAUAAAUCUGAAGAACAUAAAAAGAAAUAUGAUAUAUAUAUAUAUAUAUAUAUAUAUAUAUAUAUGUAUGUAUAUUUGUGAAAUGAUUAGUUUUGAAGUGUUUCCAAGUAGUUGGAAUAUCUGCUUUUCCAGAUUAUAAUAAGGGUCUAUGCUUCUAACACAAAUCAUCUUGUUUGAAAAGUGGAGCACUUUAGUGCACUGAAAGUCCAUAUUCUCACCUACCACACCCAAAGCAGAACUUUCCACCGACUUAUUAGAGUCAAGAUGAAGCUCCAAAAAUUUGUCGGAAA